UUCCCCGCCCGGUACACUCCACCCACCCGCGGCUACUUGUGCCCCCCUCCAGGGGCCGCCUCCAUUUCCCCCGACAAGGUGACCGGGACCCGGGCAGAGCGCGGAGGAGAGGGCGGCGGCCAUGUCGCGGGGACCCCGCGGUGCGGCGAUGCGGCUGCUUGCGCUGGUGAUCUGUUUGAAUUAUGGAGAUGGACUCUAUGUGAAGGUUUAUAAUCGGAAUUUCAGAAGCAGCCUGCUGUCCUACCCCAGCAGCCCAGUCAGACAGAAGAGAGAAUGGACAGUCCCUCCGGCUUUCAUACGGGAAGAGGAGGACAAUUCCUAUAAGAACCCAAUUGCUAGAAUACAUUCUGAUCUUGAAGAUACAGGGAUAGUGGUGACCUACACUAUAUCUGGUCAAGGAGUAACAGAACCCCCUUAUGGAUUAUUUGUUAUCAAUGGAAAGACUGGAGAUCUGAACAUAACAGGAAGGGUUGACAGAGAAAAGACUCCAAUGCUGCUUCUCAGAGGUCAUGCUUUAGAUAAGAAUGGAGCAAAACUGGAAGAGCCAAUAGAUCUCCCAAUUAAAGUUGUGGAUAUAAAUGACAAUUUUCCAGUGUUUUCACAUCAAGUUUUUGUUGGUUCAAUUGAAGAAUUAAGUGAAACAGGUACAAUUGUAAUGAGGAUAAACGCAACAGAUGCAGAUGAACCAAAUAACCUAAAUUCCAAAAUUGCUUUCAGGAUCAUUUCCCAAAGCCCUAGUGCUGCAUUCAGUAUGAAUAAGGACACUGGUGAGGUUCGAGUAGCAAAAAUAAACCUUGACAGAGAGAUACAUAGCAGCUAUUCCUUGGUGGUAGAAGCAAAAGACCGUGGUGGUGAAAUAGGUGGGAAUGCUGCAACAUGUGAUUUAGAAAUCAAGAUUUUGGAUGUCAAUGACAAUCUGCCUGUGGUUGAAGGUAAUGUGUUUGAAGGAAGCAUUGAAGAAAACAGAGCAAAUGUGGAAAUUUUGCGAAUAAAAGUAUUUGACAAAGAUGAAAUGUUUUCUGAUAACUGGCUGGCAAACUUUUCAUUUGUUUCUGGAAAUGAAGAUGGCUUUUUUCAUAUAGUAACAGAUACCCAAACAAAUGAAGGAAUUUUGACUGUUGUGAAGGAGCUGGAUUAUGAAAAAAUGCAAAGCCUAAAAUUGGGCAUUGUUGUUACAAACAAAGCUGAGUUCCACAAGUCAAUUAGACACAGUUAUAAAGCACAAACAAUUUCAAUUAAAAUUAAUGUGAUUAAUGUGCGUGAAGGUGUGGCAUUCCCCGGUGGAACAAAAAUUAUAGAAGCAAGUGAGAAAAUACAGAUAAAACAAGUUAUUGGACAGUAUCAAGCCAUUGAUGAAGACACUGGAAAAAUAGCAAAGCACAUUACAUACAUGAAAGGAAGUGAUACAGCAAACUGGAUCACAAUAGACCCAACCACAGGUGAAAUCCAACUUGCCAAAAAACUUGAUCAUGAAUCACCUUAUGUAGUAAAUGGUACCUACACUUUCACCAUAUUGGGUGUAACUACUGAUACUCCUAAGAAAACAGCCACUGGCACAGUCAUCAUUGAAGUUAAAGAUGAGAAUGAUAACUGCCCAGUUAUUGUGAACCCUGUGCAGAAUGUGUGUUCAAAUGCAAAAUCAGUUAAUGUUACAGCUAAUGAUUUGGAUGGUUACCCAAACAGUGAGCCCUUCAGCUUUGCUGUCGUUGAUAAACCAGAAGGGACAGCAAAAAAAUGGAUAAUUGGAUCCAGAAAUGGCACCAGCAUACAGCUGAUACCACAAAACCUGAAGCCAGGCAGAGCUCAAGUUCCCAUCCUAGUUAAGGAUUUCCAAGGGUUGAGCUGUGCUGAAGCACAGUCUCUGCAGCUGACUGUUUGUGAUUGUGGGGAUGAAGGCGUCUGCAAAGAGAAAUAUGUUGGCUCUAAGUCAGUGGGCCUGGGACCAGGAGCGAUUGCGCUUAUCAUCUUGGCAUUCUUACUCCUGCUGCUUCUUCCACUGUUACUGCUGCUGUGUCCCUGUGGUUCAGGAGUGAAGGGAAGAAAGGGAUUUGUUGCGAUACCGGACUGCAGCGAAGCGAUGUUGCGUCAGUGGAACAGCGAAGGAGCAGCUCCUGAGCAGAAGGCAUUGCUAAGCUUCAUCUCACCCACUGCACUGGAGGACUCAAAAGGAGCAAUCAUCGGAGCAGCAACAGCAGCAGGAAUGAGUGGAGAGGAAACUGCAACAGGAGGAGGCAGCUCUGUCUCUCACGUAAGAGAGCAUCACAGCAUUAUUACCAAGGGAAGAUGGGAAGAACAGACACAUCUCCUUUCUGGUGCUGAGCAUGAAGCCAUGGCAGCUGGAGGAGCUCAAGUCAUGGCAGGUGUAGAAGGCAAGACUGUGAGGGCUGGAGGAGUCACAGUGGGAGCCACAGGAGCCAUGAAUGAAGAAUUUUUAAGAGACUACUUCAAUGACAAAGCUGUCUCUUUUGCGGAUGAAGAUGAAGCCAAGGCCGCAAACGACUGUCUCCUUGUUUACUCCCAGGGAGAGUCAGGCUCCCCCCAUGGCUCCAUCGGCUGCUGCAGCUUCAUCGAGGGUGAUCUUGAUGACCAUUUCCUUGAUGACUUAGGAGAUAAAUUUAAGACUCUAGCAGAAAUAUGUAUAGGCAGACAAAUCAACAUGAAAGACAGUAGCUCCAGGAAUGAAUCGGGUUUCAUUCUUAAUGAUACAAAGUCAUGGUUCUUAGAUCAGCAAAACGCUUCCAGCUCUGAGCAAGCCUUUGCCUCAGGCAGCCACUUCCAGCCCACCCCUCCGGUACCGGUGGGCAGUGGUGCAGGAGGAGACACCUUGUCUGAGGAGGUGGUCACAGAAACAACUUUCUCGUCCCACUCUGGGCAGUGCAACACCCAGCCCCUUCCCACUGCCCACGCAAAGACUAAUUUCACCACGAUGGAGACAUCCUACUCUGCAGGAGCUCCUGGCCACUCGGCCACUCUCUUUCUAGAGCCCAAAUUUAAAGAGAACCUAGUGGUGACAGAGAGGGUGCUGGCACCUGCAUCGAGCUUGCAGGGCAUGGUGGAAAUCCCCAGUUUGCCACACGGAAGUAACGUGGUGAAGUCAGGAGCUCUGACAGUACAGGAUCUCCCUGACUCCCAGUACGUCGUGGUGAGGGAGAGGGAGAGGGUCCUUGUGCCUGCUGUAGAGCAGGGCUCUCUCAGCUUCCCCGAGCUGGCGGAGGGGCACAGCGUGAUGGUGAACAACAGGGUCGUGACAGCACCAGGGGGGCAGAGCAGAGGUGAGCAGGCAGCAAGUGCUGGCACAGGAAAGCAAGAGCACGUGUUGAUCACAGACUCCCUGCUCAACCAGGUGGGCUCCAACUUAGAAGGAGCACCUCCUGCCAGCGCCACACUGAGCAGGUCUUCCACAGUCACCAAAUACAGCACGGUGCAGUACACUCGCUCAUAACCUGGCACCUUGCAGGGGUAACAGUGUCCAGCACCCUCUCAUCUCAGGCUUUUUCUUGAGACCUGAAUUUGCUGGAGCUUUCAGAACGAAAUGGACUCGCGUCCAGUAACUUAUAUAAGUAAGGAUUAUGACCAAGAAGGUAGUAAGGAAAUCUGCUGUUGUUAAGCAACAUUGGCAGUGAUGCUGUUGAAGUGCAAGGAUGUGGGAAAUACAUUUUUUUCCUUGUUUGCUGUUUUUUUGUAGUGGCUUUUUACAGUUUGGUUAGUGUAAUAAUACCACAUAACCACAGCUGCAUAAUUAUGGGAAAGCAUUUUAAAAGUCUAAAAUC